CCCUCAUCCUUUUUGAAUUGUAUAUCAUGUCCUUUUCAAGAAUGAGUCCUCAAAAGUGUCAGCAAUGGCAGUAGAACUGUAGAACACUCCACCCCUGCUCACCCAAAAUCAGAUUAGGGCCCACACCCUAGAAUUCGAUCGUUGCGUUCAAAAAAGGUAUUGCGUCUUCCAACCCCUCUACACAUUCGAAAUUCAAAUAUUCAAAUGCACAAAGCAGAAACAUCGUCAGACAACUCGCCCCUUUUCUCGCCGUCUCCGCUCCCCCCAAACACUUCCCAAUGCAAUUCGCCGAUUUGUUCUUAAUCUUCUGAGUUCUGAAAUCUGAAUCAAUCCAUCUGUAGAAGUUUCGGUGUUUGGUAAAUCGAUCACUCGAUUUUUUUUUUCUUUUUCAAAUGGGCGAAACGAAGUUAUCAUCGGAUAGCAGAUUGAAGCCAUCGUCGAGGUUCGCUGAUGAGAAUCAACCACCAUCGAAGUGUAAAAACAACAACCCAUCAUCGAAUUUGAAACCCAGAUCGAUAUGGGGUUCUAACAUUGUGAAAGGUUUUUCAGCUGAUAAGAAAACCAGGUCGCAACAAGUCACGAAGAAAUCGCAACAACAGCCACUCACCAUCGUUUCCACGACGAACUCCAAAAACCCUUUUGCUUCUAAUCGAGCAAAACGGUCUCUGAUAGGAGAUUUGUCGUGUUCUGUUACAGCCACACAAGUUCAUCCACAAGGGAUUCAUCACAACUGUGACCAGAACCAGAAUCAGCGGCUGUAUAAAUCUUCGUCUUCUUCAGGGUCUCGAGAUCUGUUCGCUGAGCUUGAUCAGCUCAGAAGCUUGCUCCAAGCAUCUAAAGACAGAGAAGCUAAGUUGCAAGCUGAGUUGUCUGAUUUCAAGCGGAAAAACCUCAAGGCUUUGGAGCUCGAAAGGGUGGUUGAAUCAAAGACGAGUGAAAUCGAUUCUCUUAAAAGCAAAAUCGAUUUGCUAGAAUCAGAAAACACUAGUCUCUCUGAACAGUUGAAUUCUCAUCAGUUACAAGAAAAUCUAGCGAAGGGAGCAGUUAACAAUGUCGAGGUAGAUGUUCUUAAAUUAAGACGACUGAAUGCUGAGCUUCAUCUUCAAAAGAGAAACCUCUGUUGCAGGAUUUCAUCAAUGGAGUCUCAGCUAGCUUCCUUAGCAAAAGAUUCCGAGAAUGAAUUUAUCCAAAAGAUCAAAUCCGAAGCAUCCAUAUUACGACAAACAAACGAAGAUUUAUGCAAACAAGUUGAAGAUCUACAGGUAAGUCGAUUGAACGAAGUCGAGGAGCUUGUUUAUCUUAGAUGGGUCAAUUCCUGUCUCAAAAACGAGCUUCAAAAUUCGACUUUUUUGACUUCUGAUAUAUCUUCAAGCCCAGCUUCUGUUGAAUGGCUUAAUCCUUCUGUAUCAAGUGAUGAAGCUUCUGAACAUGGUAGCACUCAAAAGAGAUUAAGUUCGAUUAAAAAGUGGAAAAAAUGGCCUGUUUUAGAUGAAGAAUCACAAGUCUCCGAACCCAUGAAUUACAAACUCAACCUUGGAUGGUUAGAAGGAAGAAGACACUCAAUCAGUGGCGCAAAUUGUUGUCAAGAAGAAUUGGUUGUGAAUAAAAGAAGACAAUCAGAUGGUUUUAUUAUAUCUUCAAUGGAAAUGGAGGAAGUAGAUUCAAGUGUUAUUCAAGUGAGAGAAGCUACAAAGCUGAAAACUUUAAUGGAUGUUGAAAAAAGAGCUCUUAGGGUUCCUAAUCCUCCUCCUAGACCUUCUACCUUCACUGAAAAGGAACAUAAAGAGGUAAAGUGUCAAAUCCCGCCACCACCACCACCGCCACCUCCACCACCACCUCCGAAGUUCACAGGGCGGAGUAACGGUGGUGGGGUUGUUCAAAGGGCUCCACAAGUGGUUGAGUUUUAUCAUUCUCUUAUGAAAAGAGAUUCCAGAAAAGAUUCUUUAAAUGAUGGGAUUUGUGAUGCUUCUGAAGUUAAUAACGUUAGAAAUAGCAUGAUUGGUGAAAUUGAAAACCGUUCUUCUCAUUUGCUUGCUAUAAAGGAAGAUGUUGAGACACAAGGAGAAUUUGUCAACUCAUUAAUAAGAGAAGUCAAUGAUGCUGUUUAUCCAGAUAUAGAAGAUGUGGUGGCUUUUGUGAAGUGGCUUGAUGAUGAACUUUGCUUUCUUGUGGAUGAGAGGGCUGUUUUGAAACACUUUGAUUGGCCAGAAAAGAAAGCAGACACAUUAAGAGAAGCAGCAUUUGCAUAUCGAGAUCUAAAGAAAUUGGAACAUGAAAUUUCAAAUUAUAAAGACAAUUUCCACAUACCAUGUGACAUGGCAUUGAAAAAAAUGGUGUCUUUAUCUGAAAAAAUGGAGCGUAUUGUGUACAAUCUUCUUCGAACAAGAGAUGUAUUGAUGCGAAAUUGCAAAGAGUUUCAUAUUCCCACUGAUUGGAUGCUUGAUACAGGAAUAUUAAAUAAGAUCAAUAUGUGA